GUCGCGGCCGCUCCCCGCCCCGGAAGGACAAGUGGGCUCUGGGAAGAUGGCAGCGGUGGCGGGAGCCGCCGUGUCGGCUCCUGUGUGCGUGCUAGUGCUGGGCAUGGCCGGCUCCGGAAAAACUACCUUCGUGCAGCGCCUGGCCGCCCAUUUGCACGGGCAGCGCUGCCCUCCGUACGUGAUCAACCUGGACCCUGCCGUGCACAGCCUGCCUUUCCCCGCCAACAUCGAUAUCAGGGACACCGUGAAGUACAAAGAGGUUAUGAAACAAUAUGGGCUGGGCCCCAAUGGCGGAAUAGUGACCUCUCUCAAUCUCUUUGCUACAAGAUUUGACCAGGUGAUGAAGUUUAUUGAAAAAAGACAGAAUGCAUCCAAGUAUGUUAUUAUUGACACACCAGGGCAAAUUGAGGUAUUUACUUGGUCAGCAUCGGGAACCAUCAUAACUGAGGCCUUGGCUUCCUCUUUUCCUUCAGUUGUUGUCUAUGUGAUGGACACCUCUCGCAGUACUAAUCCUAUCACUUUUAUGUCCAACAUGCUGUAUGCCUGCAGUAUCCUGUACAAGACAAAGCUACCUUUCAUCGUAGUUAUGAACAAGACUGACAUAAUCGACCAUAGUUUCGCAGUGGAAUGGAUGCAGGACUUUGAGAGUUUUCAGGAUGCCCUGAAUCAAGAGACCUCCUAUGUCAGCAACCUGACUCGUUCUAUGAGUUUAGUGUUGGAUGAAUUUUACAGUUCACUGAAGGUGGUUGGUGUUUCUGCAGUGCUCGGCACAGGACUGGAUGAGUUCUUUAUCCAGCUUUCUAAAGCUGUAGAUGAAUAUGAGAGAGAGUAUCGUCCAGAAUAUGAGCGCCUGAGAAAAACACUAGAGGAAGCUCAAGAGAAACAAAAGAGAGAGCAACUGGAACACUUGUGGAAGGACAUGGGCAGUGUGUGUGUGCAAGGCAGUACACUGGCAGGACCUGAUGAUGCUUCUGCAAUGGGUCCCUCUGAGCUAAUCCUGACACGAGGAACUCUCAACGAAGAGGAAGAAGAGAGGGAGAGUGAUACUGAUAACAUUGACCAUGAAGUGACUGAGGAGAGUCAUGAAGAACCAGCCUUCAGAAACUUCAUGCAAGACAUGCGGAUGAAAUGCCAGAGAAAAAGCAACCUGAAUGAAUGAGACCUUCACAAACAGAAGAUUUUUAUUUUUCUUUCUGCAGUAACUGUUGGUCAUGUGAGUUAAAGAUCUUGAAGCCAACUGACUGCACGUUUCACCAUCUGCCACUGUGGCUUCCUGAAGCUGAAGGAAUCAGAUAGCAGUUCCUUUUCCUCCAGAUUCUUCAGAUCUACCUGUUGAGAGCCUAGAUUUCGAGCUCCAACAGUGUUAGUAUCUACAGCACUAGCUGGUCCCCAGAAACAUGUUCAUUUGUGUGUGCAGUCAGAUGUCUGCAGCAGCCAGGGCACAAGUGAUGCUGUGUUAAACUUUAUCAAUCUACUUACUGUUUGAUGGUUUGGUUUUCAUUAAAUAUAUUUUAUGUACUAACAAAUGUGUGAUAAUAAUAGGAGAUUUCAUUUUACGCACUGUUCUGAAGUGAGACUUUUUCCUUGUGCUUGCAGCCCAUCUGUGUGGAUGCACAGCAAAUGCAUCUUAAUUACAUUAUACAGACAUGGUACAGAUGCCUCCUAGGAAAAUCCUGAGUAAAGAAAGUUCCCAGGAGGGAAAGUAAUAAAAAGACUCUAGC